CGGGCCCCGGGCCGCCACCGCCACCUCGGCCGCUGCCGCCAGCGCCUUGAUCCCCCAUCCCCCGCCAUGGCCGAGGAGCUCUCCGCGGCCACGUCCUACACCGAAGAUGAUUUCUACUGCCCCGUCUGUCAGGAGGUGCUCAAGACGCCCGUGCGGACCGCGGCCUGUCAGCACGUUUUCUGUAGAAAAUGUUUCCUGACUGCAAUGAGAGAAAGCGGAGUACAUUGUCCCCUCUGUCGUGGAAAUGUGACUAGAAGAGAAAGAGCAUGUCCUGAACGGGCCUUAGACCUUGAAAAUAUCAUGAGGAAGUUUUCUGGUAGCUGCAGAUGCUGUGCAAAACAGGUUAAAUUCUACCGCAUGAGACAUCAUUACAAAUCUUGUAAGAAGUAUCAAGAUGAAUAUGGUGUUUCCUCUAUCAUUCCAAACUUUCAGAUCUCUCAAGAUUCAGUAGGGAACAGUAAUAGGAGUGAAACAUCCACAUCUGAUAAUACAGAAACUUACCAAGAGAAUACAAGUUCUUCUGGACAUCCCACCUUUAAGUGUCCCUUGUGUCAAGAAUCAAAUUUUACCAGGCAGCGUUUACUGGAUCAUUGUAACAGUAAUCAUCUAUUUCAGAUAGUUCCUGUGACGUGUCCUAUUUGUGUAUCUCUUCCUUGGGGAGAUCCUAGCCAGAUUACUAGAAAUUUCGUUAGUCAUCUAAAUCAAAGACAUCAGUUUGAUUAUGGAGAAUUUGUGAAUCUUCAGCUAGAUGAGGAAACCCAAUAUCAAACUGCUGUUGAAGAAUCUUUUCAAGUAAAUAUUUGAAGGCUGUACACAUCUCUGCAUCAUUGGACCUACAAGUGCCAUCUUUAAGGGGAAAAUUACAUAAAGUUUCCAUUUCAGUAACUUGAUGUGUAUAUUAAUAAAAGUAAUUCAGUCUAUUGAUUUAGUUUUUAAUUGAAAAAUAAAGGUGAGCCAUCUAUUAAAAAUUUCAUUCUCAUAAUAAGAAGUGAAAGUUAUGACAUCUUGAAAAGAAUUAGAAGGAUUAUAUUUCACUAAUGUAAUGGUGGAAAAGGAAAUCCCUCUUGUACUUUAUCAUUUUCUAUUACGUAAUUUAGAAUUUUUCUUUAUAUUGCUUUUGAAAUUUUGUUCAGUUCCUUCCAUUGAUGUACGUAUGCACAAAACACAACGGUAGCAAAUUCUGAAAGAUGUGAUUGAUAUAAACUUAACAAGUCUGAGCCAUUUAUCAGAGUUGCAGAGUAGAAACUUGAAGUGCUAAUGAAACAAUCCAAAGGAAACUUUUUUAAUACAGAGUCUAGCUGAAGAAUUCAAUUAUAAGAAAAUUGUAUUUAUAUAAUGUUUAAUAUUUUUGAAAACUAGAUUUCUUUAAUAAUUUUAACUCUUUAAAAAGUGAAAGCUCAUAAAAUAAUUUCCUUUUUGCUACUACCAGGGAAUAUCCAAAGAAAAUUUUCUUUGGUGGGCAGUUGGUAAUUUCAAAUCUUGUUUUUUUGGCUGACUAAUUUGUGAGGCUAGAGUAUAUAGUAAGCUGAGUUAUAGCUCUUUGGCCUCAGAAUUUUCAAUAGUCAGUAUUUCUGAUUAACUAAGAUCAAACUUUUAUUAGUGACUAUUGGUUGGUGAUAUGCUAUUCUAUAAAUAUAUUUAAAUGGGAUUUGGCUUCACCUUAGUUUAGAAAUUCAUUCAAACCUAAAGUUAUGUAUAUGUACAUGUAUUCUUGCAGUUUGUCAGGUUAUAUACAAGAUUUUUAUUAAGAUUUUAGAAGUGCACAAAUAUGGGACUAAAAUGUUUAUGAUUUGAUUAAAAUUUUGUAUAUCCAAGAAGUUUUAAAAAGUAGCAGUCAAAUCCUAAGUGUUAUAGAUGGCUGUUACUACACCUUGAAAAUUGAGUUUACACAUACACAAUUACCUGUUUAUAUGGUGCUCAUUUGUUAUUCUCAGAGAUAAUGCAUGAUUAUGAAGUAAUGAGGCAGAUUCUAUUUCGCUACAUUUUAGUCAAAAAUGGGUUUAUUCUUAGUGGUCAUUAAUAAAAUACAUAAAUUGACUUGUUCCAGAAGGCCCAAAACACAGAUCAAAGAAGGAAGAGUGGAUUAGCUGACAUUCCAUACUAAUACACAUUGUUUAUGCUUUCUUUAAUGUAACUAAAAGAAAAUAAACGAAAAUCUCAAGUAGUUUGCUGCUAAUAUAUGCAUAUAUUGUAUAAAAAAGAUAUAUUUUGGUUUUGUUAAAACCCUUGUUGACUUUUCUACAGUGAACUUUUUUUAACUUGAUUUAAUAAAAAUGUUAAUUUUGGAAGCAAAGUUUUGUAAAACCUUUUUGCAUUCAAACAGCAGUGAUUUUAUUUAUGGGUAGUAAUAGCAAUCACCAAAAAGCCAUACAUCUUAAUGAACAUAUGCCUUUGUUCUGUCAUUCGAAAGAGUGAUGCUUACUAUGUGCUUGAAUAUUUUCUCUGCAGUUACAUAAAUGUAAUUGUAAGAAUAGCUGUUUAAUGAACUCUUCAAAGAGACCUUUAAUCAUAGGUUCUUCCAGUUUAAAGCAAUAACUUUAGUACUUUUCUUUCAAAGUUUAAUACUUCUAGUAUGUCAAGUUAAGCCAUCCUGAGAUUUGAAAACUUUAAAGCAAAAUUGUAGUAGAGAUCAUCUCCAUAAAAUUGUGCUUUGAAGUUUUGUGGAUUACUUAAAUAUCUUUCAUAGUCUUGUAUACCUUUUAUAUAAAAGCUUUUUCAUAAGGAAAACACUGAUUUUAUUUGCUGUUAACUGGGAGUUCCUCAGUAUGGAUAUGUUUGUUUAAAGUCUCCCCUCCUUUUAUCAAUGGAUUGGGUACAGGGAUAGACUUUACAGAUUUGCAGCUUAAAUUCUUGAGAAAGUCCUUAUUUUUUAAAUGCUUAAUAGCUGAGUCAGGAUAAAGGAGGGAAACUAUUAAUACUCUGAUAUCUAAAUUUCAUAAUACCACUAGGAAAGCUAUUUCCUUCAACAAAUUAUAGUUUAUGUUAUUGGCUAGAGUCUUAUUUGAGAUGUAUUGCUUUAUUUUUCAAUUAAAAGUGGUUUUCUCCUCUUUGUGUGUCUAAUUAAAAUUUUGUCUAGAGGCAAACAUAACAUUAACUCUCAUAACUUAUCCUGGGAGACUUGUAGGAAAUAACCCAUUAUUUUUCACUUAAAAAUGUGCAUCGGCGAAAGCUAACACAUGCUGAAACUAUGUGUUGAAUUUAACUUUAUAAAACUAUUUCAUCUUUUUUCAAAUGUAAUAAACUUGUGUUAUUUUGCAAGUGUACAGUCAGCAUGAUUUUCAAAUCUUGUUAGCAACCAGGUAGAAAGCUAGUUAACUAGUUAAUAAAUACUUUUAUGUGGAAAAAUUACCACCCUUAAGUAGGAUUAGGGCUAUAAGAAUAUAUUGCCAAAUACAAUGCCAUCUACCUGUUGGAUUGUUUAAUACAUACUAAUUAAAAUCUUCAAUGACUCAAUUUUUAUAGACAUCUUUUGGGGCUGCUAUUCAUAGAAUGAACCCUUUGUGGAGGUGGUGACAUUUUAGCCUUUGUAGAAAUGAUGUAAUCCAGAAAACAUGUAAAUACAUGUAAUCUAAAACACAAAGUAGAAUAAAUUAUGAAUAAAGUACUCAUUCCAUGAUACCAUGU